UUAUUUUUUAUCAUAACUUAAUGAUAUAUUUUUAUUUAUGUGUUAAUUUUUAGAACACACAAUUGAAUGAAGGAAACUCUGUUGAGAAACGCCCUUUUUCUAACGAAAUUAGUGAAUAUAUACAAAUAUCCAAAAAGGCACAUAAACAUGAGACAAGUUCCAGUCAAGUACAUUCUAUAAUCAACGAUGAACACAAAAUUAAUGACAGUUUUGAAAAUCCUGAGACAGAUUUUAAUGAUUUAAUAAUUAAUUCUAAUUCUACCCAAACAACUUCAAGCAACAGUGAUUAUGAUAUUGGUUUAUAUAUUAACAGAACAUCUAGUAAAACUUUCAGUGACGGUAUUAAAGAAAAGCUUUUGAAAAAUACAUGGAUACCAGAUUCAUUCACCAACUUGCAUGUACAAGUAUUAUCUAAUGUAAAUAGGCACUUUCAAAAAUCCUGGUUGGAUGAAUUUAAAUGGUUAGCUUAUUCUAAAGUACAAAAUGGAGCAUUUUGUAAAAAUUGUGUAGUUUUUGGUCCUGGAAGUUUUUCCGGUAAAGGAUCACAUCAGAGUGUUGGACAGCUUGUGUCAAAAACAUUGCAGAAUUGGAAAUCAGCCAAAGAAAUUUUUUAUCGUCAUUCUUGUCUUCAAUAUCACCAAUUAGCAGUUUUAAAAUCAGAUAAUUUUUUAAAAAUGGUUGAUGGAAAGAUAGAUAGUGUACAAUUUCAAGUCGAUAAGCAAAUGAAGAAAGAAUUGAUUGAAAACACCAAAAAAAUUUCUGCAAUAAUUGAGACAAUAAUAUUUUGUGGGCGGCAAGAAAUUCCCUUAAGAGGACAUAAAGAUUAUGGUCGCUUAAGUCUGAAUGAUCCAGAUAAUAAUGAUGGGAACUUCAGAGCCUUGUUGCGCUAUAGAGCUAAAAAUGGGGACGAUACUCUUAAAUCUCAUAUCUUAAAUGCUGGUGGAAAACAAAUGUAUUCAAGUCCAUUAAUACAAAAUGAAAUAAUUGAACUAAUAGGGACUUAUAUUCAAAACAUUAUUAUUGAAAAAGUGAAAAAAACCAAAUUUUUCACUGUGCUUGCUGAUGAAACAUCUGAUGUUCAAGGAAUUGAACAAUUUUCAUUAGUUGUUCGCUAUUUUGAUGAAGAUAUAAAUGAAAUAAGAGAAGAUUUUUUAAAAUUUGUGCCAGUGCAUGAUGUUACAGGCAAAGGGUUAGCUACUACAGUAAAAAAUGAACUACAGUCUCUUGGUCUUGAUUUAAACUAUAUGCGUGGACAAGGGUAUGAUGGGGCUGCUGCAAUGAGUGGAGCUUUCAAUGGAGUACAAGCAAUAAUAUUGGAGGAAUAUCCUAUGGCAAUUUACACCCAUUGUGUCUCUCAUUCAUUGAAUUUGGUUUUAAAUGAUGCAUCAAAAUUACAACCGGUUAGAAACUGUAUUGGAGUGAUAAGGGAAAUAAGUACUUUUAUAAGAGCAUCAGUGAGAAGAUCUAAUAUCUUAAAAACAAAAUUAUGUAAACAAGGAUUGACACCUUCACGUUUAAUGAAUUACUGUGACACUAGAUGGGUAGAACGGCAUGAAGCAAUUGUGAAUUUCAAAAAUGAUAUUUUACCAAUUAUUGAAACUAUGGAACAGAUAAUGUUAGAUAAUAAAGAUGAUGAAACAGCUGCUCGAUCAUUUCAUAAAAAACUUUGUGAUUUUGAAUUUUUAAUAACAUUAGUCACUGUUAGCAAAAUGUUAGCUAUAACUCAUAAAAUAUCAGUAAGCCUACAAAAACCUGAUAUUGAUUUAAGUUCUGCUAUUGGGCACAUAGAACUUGUAAAAUCAGUCAUAAGUGAUAUUAGAUCAAAUGUUGAAAUUGAAUUUAAACACUUGUAUUUAAGUGCUCAAGCUAUUAGUUCUAAACUUAAUGUUGAACCAUCAAUACCUAGGAUUGUUGGUGAGUGGACAGUAUGGGUUAAAAAAUGGAAAAUGGUUGAUACAACUAUUGAAAAGAUUCCAAAAAAUGCUCUAACAGCUUUGAAAGUAUGUCAAUUUGAUCUGUUCCCUAAUAUUUAUAUUCUGCUGAAAAUUCUGUGUACAAUACCAAUUACUACUGCAAGUGUAGAGAGAAGUUUUUCAACUCUUGGAAGACUAAAAACAUAUAUAAGAAACCAAUGUGGAAAUGUUCGAUUAACUGGAUUAGCCUUAAUGACAAUUCAUAGAAAUAUACCAUUGCAAAUUGAUGACAUUACUAAAGAGUUUAAUGUUACAUAA